AUGAUCGCUCACAACAAUUACAACACCCCUCGACCUCGUCCCGUUGACCCGGCUGUUGUGUUUGAUGUUCUGAAAAUUCGCAAGGCAGUCGACGAAGCGACGAACUUUGCCGUAGUGGCUGCAAGUGACUUGGCCCCUUCGACAUUUGUCAAUGUCAACGGAGGUGCUCAAAAAUUUGACCCCUUCAGCCAUGGUGCAAAGCUGAGUGGAGAGAGAAAAUUACGGAUCAGAGCUCUAGCAUGCCAGAAACUUGCCCAUGCAUAUCGGUUGGACGAGAUAGCGUGUAGUGUUGCCACAAUGCAAGGCGCAUCUGCUUUGGAAGAAGUCGGUGGUUUGGUAUUGCAGCGAAACCAGGAUGACCUCAACGCCAAAUAUGUCCACUUUUUCCAUGAAAAGAUUCCGUCGAAGCGAUUGGUCGAGACUACAAGUCUUUCACCUUUGACUGACAUGAUUGAAUCGGCACAUUACCAAGCAGAAGCCCUUCGUACUCGGGCGGCAGUCAAAGUUAUCCGACGCGAAUUUGAUGGUGCAAUACAAGACCUUACGGAAGCGCUGGCGCUGGCCCUACAGAGACAUCAUGUUCCGCCUCAUAACCCAAGUCAGAACCAUUUGGGCCCUGAGAAGACCCAGAAGCACGGUAAAAAAAGAAACAGGGGCAUUCUUCUCCCUGAAAAAGACCAGCCAAGUGGACUUGUGGCACAGCUGUUCUUUCAACGAGCUUCGGUAAACAUCACUAUGGCUUGCCAGCAUGUCGAUUCUUGCUUUGACCCUUCACCGCCUCAAAAAUCCCAAGGCGAGAAUGGAAAUCCGAACACAGCUCUCAAAGGUAUUAGCGAGAUACAAGACGUGUCAAACGAACGGUUUGAGAAUCGAAGGCUUGUGAAAGCUCUGGCUAAACGCGCAUUGAAGGACUACACCUCCUUCCUCUCUUACUUUGACUAUUCUCCUAAUCUGCCAAAUCCGGCUCUCUGUGAGUUCAGCGACCGCGUGGCGCAUGGAGCGAAAGGUAUUGGCAAGCCUUGCAAGUCGUUCGAACAAAGGCACAUUGUAUACCGCUUAUCAGACCUCUUUGCAGCCGUGCCGCCUCCGCAUCUCCCUCCACAAGAAACUGGGACCCAGGAUGAAGCCAGAAAUGCUGUGCAAAAUGGCCCAGAGCCGGACACAAGCGAAGCGGUCACAUACCACCCCCUCUUAACUGAAGCCUUGCAUUCCUUACUACUCUGCCAUUGUCUUUUGCAGACGUCAAUAAAGGAACUGCAGCGUCAUGCUUACAUGGUCGCCCGUCUCGUGCAAUUAUGCCACGGGUAUCCCGUAUUUCUCGCCACACGAUCACCAGCUCGGUCCGACUGGGAAGAAGUGCUCCGCCGGACGAAGGACUGGCUUCCCCUAGGCUCAACCUGGGAGGUUCUAUGCGAUCAUGCCCCUUUGGAUGGUAGUGAGGCAAACGACUCACUAUCCGCAGCUGCCGCCUCCCUUCUAAGAGAAACCGAUGCAGGAACAUCCUCCCCAGACAAUCAGAGGGGCAGGCCUUUGGAGAUCUCAUCUCAAGCAGGAGCCGUAGACCCAACAGUCAACCCGGUACACCUAAUAUCAUCUACACCAUCAUACAAAUACGACCCCUUUCGGCACUGGAAUUCCAAUGACGAAACCAAGGACUUUCCGUUCCUUGUGGAGAGAACAAUAGCUAUUGUACGCUGGAUCCAGGAAGUGCCUGUAGGAAUAGGCACAGCGAAGAAAAGGAGGCGGCCUAGGAAGGCGAGGGUCAAAGCCGACACGGUGGAGGCCGACAUGAGCAGGUUGGACUUUAAGGGAUAA